UCUCCCUUCUGCCCUUUUCCAACAUGGAGGCCGUCUUCUGUCUGUCGCCGCUGGCCAUGUGACAAGAAAAGGCAGUGAGUGAGGCGUAUGCAGGUCAUGUGACCCGGAAGAAUGCAGGCAGUGGCUGAGCGGCACUGAUAGCGAGUGACAGCCAGGUUGUCUACUGCCUAGCACCAUGCCGGAGCACAGUGACCCCAGCCUCCCUCCAGAGGAGAGGAUACGAGCUCUGGUAUUGAAGGGGACGUCUUUAGAAGUGAAAGACGAUAUACCUCCUAAGCGUUAUUACCGAUCCGGCGUGGAGAUAAUUCGUAUGGCCAAUGUAUAUGCCGGGGAGGGAAAUACAGAGAGUGCUUUUAUCUUGUACAACAAGUAUAUCACACUUUUUGUUGAAAAGCUUCCUAAACAUCGAGAUUAUAAAACUGCUAAUGCUCUUGAGAAGAGGGAAACUUUGAAGAAACUGAAAGAAGUGGCCUUCCCAAAAGCCGAAGAGUUAAAGAAAGAACUGCAGAAGAGGUACAGUAAAGAGUUUGAUGAGUUCCUGGACAAAAGGCGAUGUGAGGAAGAAGAGUGCGCUCGCCGCCUGGCUGUUCUGCAGCAGCUUGAAGAAGAGAAGCAGCGCGUGGCACGCAUGAAGCAGCAGCAAGAGCAGCAGGAGCAGUUCCAGGCCUUUGAAGAUAUGAUUCGUAGGAAAGAACUGGAGAGCGACCGACUACGGAUCCUCCACCAGUUCUCUACUGACAACUCUAACAACCAGAUACCUGAGGGACCUCUUAUCCCAGGUGUCAAGGAGCCCCCUGUUGUUCCACAGCUACCCGCCAAUGACGCCAUCCUUCCACGACCACCUGCGGUUGAUAGGACUCUGAAGCCAGCAUCCAUCAGCCUUCAUGAAGUCUCUGUGUCCACGGAUGGACUUCGCCAUGUAAGGAUUCCUCAGGAAGUGGUUGUGAAGUUUCUAAAACUUGCCGAGGCGAAUACACAGCGAGGAGUGGAGACCUGCGGGAUCUUGUGUGGGAAGCUGAUGCAGAAUGAGUUUACUAUCACGCACGUCAUUGUGCCCAAACAGUGUGGUGGGCCAGAUUACUGUAACACUGAGAACGAGGAGGACCUGUUCUUGAUCCAGGACCAGCAUGGGCUUAUCACACUGGGCUGGAUACAUACACAUCCCACUCAGACGGCCUUCCUUUCCAGCGUUGACUUACACACUCACUGCUCAUACCAGAUGAUGCUCCCAGAAUCCAUCGCCAUUGUCUGCUCCCCGAAAUUCCAGGAAACAGGAAUUUUUAGAUUGACCGACUAUGGCAUGAAAGAAAUUGGUGACUGUCGAGAGAAGGGUUUUCACCCACACUGCAGAGACCCUCCCCUGUUCUGUGCCAGCAACCACACCGCCAUAUGUCAGCAGGGUGUCACUGUCAUGGACCUGCGAUAAUUUCUACAAAGUGUCUACCAUCUUCCAGACUCUGCGUUUGCAGCCCUCUGACUUGCCAUUAAAGUCCCUGCAAAGACAUGGACUAUACAGUGACGGAGUAUGGGGAGACUCUCCAAGUUCUCAAGGUUGUGGCUCCUCUUGCCUGCCAAUAUUGCCUGGUAUUAACUAGAGAACACCUCACAACUCGUGUCCCUGGUCCUACAGGACGGUUUGAUGCCAUUAAGCAUUUAAUUGGUUGAUGCGUUUCUCUCUGCAAAAUUAACAGUUUGUAACACUUUUGGUGCUAAAAUUUCCUUCUGUGAAAGGUUUAUGGGUCUGUAAAUCUGAGCUCCAUAUAUAUUCCCUUUUUUUAGUAAUACAUCAGAGUAUUAGUUAAUCCUUUAUCAACAUUUUUGCCAUUAAGUAAGCUUUCUUCGUUCAGAUGUUAUUUUUAGUAAUAGAAAAUUUGUAUAUAAUUUAAUUUAAUUUAUUUGAUCAUUUUUCCUAAAAAAAAACAGAUGCCAGAAAAAAUAUCACUGUUUGAUAAAAGAGGAUAAUACUGUAUAAUGUUUAUUUUCUAGCAGCAUUAAAUAUUUUCAAUGCUUCCUGAAGGUGA